AUGGACCAGAGACGGCCGGUGUCAAACCUGUCGACCGCUCUGGCAUCGAUUAAUCUCCAUGACCAGAACGGUGGUGGAAAUGGAAAUGGAAGUCAGGGUGGUCAGUUUUCAAACGAUGGCCAGGGUCCUCAUAGAGACGGAUUCAAUGUACGACCUGACGGAGGACUUGGUCGCAAUAGCGGACAGAUGAACGAUCUGACUCCACAAACCAUAGAUAGAAUAGCAGAAUACCGCAAACAUCCUCCAGCGGAGGGUAUCAGUUUAUUCUCGCACCGGUCAGCACCUAACGGAUUCAAAGUAGCAGUAGUGCUCGCUGAGCUAGGAAUCAAAUUUAAAACGUUCUAUUUGGACCUCAAGAAAAAUGAGCAACGGUCUCCAUACUACGUGUCCAUCAACCCCAAUGCAAGAAUUCCUGCUAUUAUUGACCAUGACAAUGGCGACCACUCUGUAUGGGAGUCAGGUGCUAUUCUGAUUUACUUGUGUCAGAAGGUAGGUCCAGACUGUUCUCUGUGGUCUGAGGACUACUCGGAGCAGUCGAUGAUCACGUCAUGGCUGUUUUUCCAAGCGUCAGGCCAUGCACCCAUGGUUGGCCAGGCCCUUCAUUUCCGAUACUUUCACCCCGAAAACAUCACCAGUGCCAUCGAAAGAUACACAAGUGAAGUGAGACGUAUUUACAGUGUUGUAGAAAUGCGUCUGGCUGAGAAGCGUGAGCAACUGAUCAUGGAAAUGGACGACGACAGUUUCGCGCUUGGAACGUCUGCCCUCAGCGAAUCAAAAUACUUCGACGAGCCUGUCUGGCUGGUCGGAAACAGAAUCACCAUUGCCGACCUGUCGUUCGUGACAUGGAACCACGUCGUCGACCGAAUCGGUAUCAACCUGCGCUCGGAGUUCCCCGAGGUCUAUAAAUGGACCAAAGCCAUGAUGGAACGGCCUGCAGUAAUCCGCGCAUUAUCGGGCCUAGAAAGCAAUUAA